GCGAUCACAAAAGGGGUCACACUUUUAUAUAAAGUGGCCGUUCCAAACUGCGUGUGAUUACACCUUGCAAGGAAAACACAGCAAGGAACUCCUGUGAGGCCUUCUGACUUGUCGUGGACACACGUAAGGACCGCAGCCAUGAUGAUGCGACCGGGGGCCACCGCCACCUACCGCCCGCCUUUCCCGUUAGAAGGGCAGGGUCGUGUGAACCAGCUCGGGGGAGUCUUCAUCAACGGCCGCCCGCUGCCCAACCACAUUCGGCACAAGAUCGUGGAGAUGGCCGCCGCCGGGAUCCGGCCCUGCGUCAUCAGCCGCCAGCUUCGCGUGUCGCACGGCUGCGUCUCCAAGAUCCUCUGCCGCUACCAGGAGACCGGCUCCAUCAAGCCGGGCGCCAUCGGCGGCAGCAAGCCGCGCGUCGCUACACCCGAGGUGGAGAAGAAGAUCGAGGACUACAAGAGAGACAACCCCGGCAUGUUCAGCUGGGAGAUCCGGGACCGGCUGCUGAAGGACGGGAUGUGUGACCGCAGCACCGUCCCCUCCGUCUCGUCCAUCUCACGCAUUCUCCGCGGAGGGAAGGGCGACGGCCGCCGCAGCGAGGAUGGCGACAGCGAGGACGAGCGGAGGGACGGCGAGGACGGCGAGAAGAAACGGUCCCACAGCAUCGACGGCAUCCUGGGCGAGAAGGGCGGCUGUCGAGGUGAAGAUUCUGACUGUGACUCUGAGCCCGACCUGCCGCUGAAGAGGAAGCAGCGCCGCAGCCGCACCACCUUCACUCCGGAGCAGCUGGAGGAGCUGGAGAAGGCCUUCGAGCGCACUCACUACCCGGACAUCUACACACGGGAGGAGCUGGCACAGAGGACCAAGCUGACGGAGGCCAGGGUGCAGGUGUGGUUCAGUAACCGGCGCGCCCGCUGGAGGAAGCAGGCAGGUGCUCAACAGCUGGCCGGCUUCAACCACCUGCUGCCCAUGGGCUACCCUGCAGGAGCCACGGCGCAUGCGUCAGCUGCAUACGUCCCGCUCGCCGACACCAGUUAUCCCAUCACUUCACAAGUAGAAUCGACCACCUUGCACCGACCGCAGCCCCUCCCCCCGUCCACGGUGCACCAGAGCAUGGCGGCCGACUCCACGUCCUCGUACGGCACGGCGGGGAAGGCGUACCAGUUCACGGGCCUGUCCGACUCCUUCGUCGCCACCGCAGCCAACCACAACACACUCUCUGGAGGGGUAAGAAGGGUGUUGAACAUCCUGGGAAACCCCAGCACAUGCCAACAAGACUACCCUCUAGCCUCGCUCUCAACCUCCAUGGACUCCACACAAGCCACCAGUUCAGAAAGCUUCACAGCGCAUGCGUCGACCCACGACAGCUACGCCGCGCAUGCUCAGUCGUACUGCACCCCGCCUAGCUACUCGACCACCGCCCACCCCUACAGCAUGGACACCUACCAGUACGGAUCACAGUACCCCUCUCAAGGGUCCUGUACGUCCAGUUACGGCAGUACCGGGACGAGUCUGUCCAGCCUACGGCAGAAGUCGCUGGUGCACCCGCUAGGUAUGAUCCCUGUGGGCAGCGGCACGGGACAGGCGUACUGAAGCCUCAACAAUCACCGGGCUUUAAGAAG